AGGGGGGGGCCGGGAUGUGGCGGCCGCAGCCCCGGCCAGGCGGGACCGGCAGGCGGCGCCGCGGCGGCGGGGGGGAGGCGGCGAGUUCAGAGAGCAGCCCUUUCAUGCUGUGUCACUUAGAUUAGGAUUGAGCCCAAGAUGGUCAGGAGCACUUAAUGCCUGCAGGCUCUCUUUGUAAAAAGAAACUGGCAAAAAGACCUGGAUACAUGAGGCCAGAAGCUCAGCGACAGAUAGAGUUUCAGUCCCUGGGUGCCUGCAAAGUGUUGAGCCCAGAAGAGCUCAAACAUGGCAGGCAGAAUUGUGGAGAGUUGGAGAACUGCUCUCUAUACCGACGAUGCCAAAAUAACUUUGAAUUCUUAUACUGUAGCGCAGCAAGUAGUGCCACAGUUCCUGCUGAUGGGGUAACAACAUUGGCCGCUACUGAAAAUAUGCCAGGAUGCUGCAAAAAUCUUUCAUGUUGCAAGAGUCCACGGUCAGAAAACACAGCGAGCGUCGUUUACCCUGCUGCAGCAACAAACAAAAAAGAUGUUUCUGCUGUUUGCUGUGCAUGGCAGAAAAGCCAUGGCACUGAAGUGGGCAAGCUCCCAAACGUAUAUACUUUGGAUCAGACAGAAAUGAAUAACAACUCUGAAUAUCAAAACAGAGAUGUUGUUUCUUGUUCUGUUGGUGCACGUGAUAGCUUUAGUUCAAAUUUCAGCUUCAUACAGCUCUCCCUGAACUUGGCCUCUGGAGUAAGUGAUGCUGAAGGCAAGUCAGCCAUUGAGGAAGCCAAGUAUGUUCUGCAUCCCAGCACUGCAGGAAAUUUGCAGAAGCCAGCAGAGAUGGUGCAAACUCAUGGGCACUUGGGAGCUUUGCAUUGCUUCUCCAGGCCUAGGGAGGAUUUGGAGUAUGAAAAUGAGACCACAGCAAAUGAUAAACUACAGGACUGCGAGACUGUCUAUCUCUCGGAUACAGAUGCAACAUUUUCAUGUUCUACAGACUCCUCGGAUGCAGCAUCUGCUGGCUCUUCUGUCACCUCAGGCUAUGAAAGUAGCUUUACUGUCAGCGACCAUAACUGGGAUACUUUGAUGAAAAAAUAUGAACCAGUGCUACAGGACUGCCUGCUGGGCAACCGCAGUACAUUAAAGAUAAAAUCCUUGAUCUUACGGCUUCAGAGACUUCAAGAAAAAGCAAUAGAGGAAGAUGACUAUGAUAGAGCUGAUAAAUUUAGACGGAAACUGGAAGAACUGGAGAAAGAGAAAAAUUCUUCAAAGUUUCAGCUUCCUUCAAGACAUCCUUCAGUUAGGAGUUUUUUGGAUAAGUUUGUUACCCAAGUUCAAGCAGCAUUGCGCUGGGCUGCCGAUCAUCAGGUUAGACAUGAAGAAACCCAGCUUUGGCAUGAAAACGAGCAUAAACUUUUGAGGUCCACUUACCAGGAGAGGAUGCAGUUUUUGGCCACAAAACGAAACCAACUUUUUCAAGAAAAGAAAUGGUUACAGAAAGAAAUUGAAGACCUCCGAGCAAGACUGGCCAUGUUAGAAACAAAAGAUCAACAGCUGAGAAGAGAAAUUGAAGAGCAAGAUCGGCUUAUUCAGUCACAGGACUGUGAACUGACUGCUUUGCUUGGCUGUGUUUCUCUGAGAGAACUACAGGAAGUAAGCAAGGCUGUGGAUGACACUUUGGCAUCCUCCUAUCAAAUUCCAUUCAGUCUGGAUCUUCCGGGGACAAUAAAGAGCCUUCAGGAAAAAGAACAAUCGUUCAGCCUGUCCAUUAAAGAAACUACUGCCAAGGUUUGCACGAGUCAGAAACUCUGCAGUACUUUGAGGAGGAAAGUGAGUGAUAUUGAAGCUCAACUACCAGCUCUACUUGAAGCCAAAAUGCUGGCUGUUUCAGGAAGUAAUUUUGGUACUGCGAAGGAUCUUGCAGAAGAAAUAAGAUCAUUAACAUCUGAGAAGGAGGGGCUGGAAGGACUUCUCAAUGAACUGUUGAUUCUGAGUGCCAGAAAUGUCCGAAAACUAGAGAGAAUUAAAGAUGAUUACACCAGACUGAAAGAAGAACUUGAACAAGGAGAGACUGCCUUUGUGACCAGUGUAAAAGAAAAUGCUGAAAAGUACAUGGAGAUGCUGGAGGAUAAACUACAUAGCUGUGGGAGCCAGCUACUCCAAAAAGUGUGGGAAGCUGACUUGGAGGCCUGUCAGCUGUUGAUCCGAGGGUUUCAACUGAAAGAAACCAGUUGUGUUUUUGAAGAAGAGGAGAACCAAAUGGAUGAGAUUGAGACGACUGCUGAUGGCCCGUCUGAGUCUGAGAAAAGAAAAGAAGGUUGCUUUCCAAAGGGCGCAGAGUGGGGCACUGUUCCCUGCCCCAAACACAGCGAGCUAAAAGAGGUUAUAGAAGACAUUUCAUUUGGAGCAGAGGGUCAUUUAUCUGAGGAGUUCUUCAUAUUUUCUGCCGAGUUGGGAGAAAAAUGUGAAGCAAUAAGUGAGAAAUUGGUGCAUCUGGAAGAUCAACUGCAAAGUUCAGCCUGCCAAGUUGAUGAAGGACUUGCACAGUCUUUGCAGAGGGAGAUCCAGGUGGUGAAGGAGACACUCCAGACCGUGCUGGUGCAACUUCAGCCAGCCAGGGAGACAGGAGAAGAAAAGGCUGGAGACUUCCUCUGUGACAGCUGGUGUCCAGGAAAACAAGACUUGAAGGAAUAAUGAGCAGGAAGAGCUGGUAGGAUGACAUUAAUUCACAAAGGGCUGCUUUUAGUAACUGAAUACUGUUUUACCAAGCCUCAGGGAUCUCUUCUCUCCCUGCAUAACUAAUAACUAAAUCAAUUAUGGAGAAACAGAGCCUGGAGGUCUAUCAUCAGAAGUAUUCUACACAGCCUCACACGUUUUGGCACAGAUCGGGCGACAGCUUUCAGAGCAGAGCAGCCCCUGUAAAUGUGUAGAUUACAAAUUGAUACAUUUCAUUUCAAGUGAGUCUGCAAAGUUGCCUUUAAUGUCAGUGAAAUGUUCUCCUUGAAGACUCAUAAGCAAUAUCUGUCUUCCUUACAGAUUUAGGUUUUUCCUUGAUUUAAAAAUGUAGCAUUAAAGCUGGAACAUCUAGUAUUUCUCGAAAAAUAGCUGUAAGAAUAGUAAGAACUGUUGGGGUUUUUUUCCCUUUGGCUUUAACAGCUUUCUUACACUGAAAGGAUGAAAUUCAAGCUAACCAAGUUCUUUCAACUGAAAUUUGGGCCUCAUUUACUCUGUGGCAUAUGAGUACAGUGGAGGUAACUAACAGCAGCCCCUAUAGCAGUAGUUAACUCGCUUCAUUUAGGUAUUAAUAUAAACUUGCUUUAGUAUUACAGGGGUUGUAAAGCACAAAAAAAUUACUAUGUUGGUGAUUUGUGUUCCUUAUAUUUAAAUAUUGUAUGAACAAUAAGUCAUUUAAGUCUCCUUGUAAAGUUUAUUACUACUAUUAUAUUGCUUUGAUCUUCCUUAUAAACUUCAGAAAGAACGCAGAUUUUUUUUUUGCAGUAGACAUGUGUAUAUAUACAUACUUAAAAACAUAUUUUUAUAGGAAACAAAAGCAAUAUUCAACUGAAGCCAGCUAAUAUGAAUGACUUAUAUUUAGAUCAUUGUUCAAAACAGUUAAUGCCUUCAGGAAUUCAUCAUGUACUUUUACUUGGAUACUAGUAUGUCUCUGUCACAAAAAAAUCUGCUUCUGCCAUUUGUUGCAAAGAGAGAGAAUUAAAAAAAACAUAUUUUUGAGCCAGUAGCCUUACAAUGUCUUACAACUCAGUACUGUACUUUUUUAUAUUAUUUUUCUGACAUUUUUAGAAUGAUAUUUUUCUGCUGCUUCAAUUAUUCGCUUUGUAACCACAUUGUGAAGGUUUUUACAAAUGUUGAAAGUCAUCGGACUACUAGCCCCCCAAGAUCGUGUUCGUUUUCUGUGUAUGUUUUGAUUCUAGUUGAAACUUCUACCUCAAUGUUAAGUACAUCAGGAGGGAGGGGGGGGAAAGCACCAGGCAGCUGAGACAUACCACAGGAUUAUAACUGCAUCCAGGAAUGUACGCUUGUCAAUCCAGGGGAGCAGAGCAGAGGUGGUUUCUGUAGUCAUCAGAUCCUCAGGGUGGAAUUACAGCCCUGUAAUUCAAAACAUGGUUGACUCUUCUCGUUGUGUAAUAGAUGGGCCAGUACCUGUGCUGUGGUAAAGGCUCUUGAAUCUUCACCUUGUGUGGACUCCACUACUCUGUUCCCCAUCCCCAGUCUCAGAUGGAGAUCUCUUGCUGCUCUGUUUGGCAAGUUCCAUUCUCCAAGCUUUUCUGGACAGUCCCUGUUCAAUACCUACCUCCCCAUAGUAGUUUUGGCACUUUUUGAAACUCUUCCAAGCUGAUGAGCAAGGCGUUUGUCUCCAGCUGAAGGCAGCUUGGGCGGCAGCCUGUGGCACCCUGACAUUCAGCCCCUGCACAGGACCGGCUUCCCCCUGGGAAAGCCUGGCUGGACACACGUAGCGCGGCUGCUACAAAGUGCUCAUGGAAACCCACAUGAGUUCGGGUAAACAGAAAAGAAAGCACAUUGACAAGACAGAGCUCUUACAGCCAUUUCCUUAAGACCUGUAGAAGCUCCUUGGUUAACACCACAGAGGGCCCAGGUACUGACUUUCCAGCAGUGAAGAGCAGUUGUAUAGGACGAUGAGGACGCUCCCAGAGAUGAAGGCCAGUCCACUAAGGUUGUAUGACCCACCUCUCCCCACACAGAGGGGCGUGUGGAGUUUUGUCCUUUGAGUAAGUAGUGCUGCACUGAGAAUAGCUGGUGGGCUAAGUGCCUUAGAGCCAGGGUCAGCCACAGCCGAGGUGCGAGUUCUGCCUCCUUGCGAGGGCUCACAACAGGGGUAGUGACCAACCAUCGCAGGGGCAGGAGAACCCCCAUUCUCAUGAGCAAGCUUUCUUGACAUUCCUAUUCAAUUUAAAAAAACUGUAUGGCUUUUGUGUUCUACAGCUUCAGAGCACCACUGCAUUUUAAUAAAAACUCAGCUUACGCAAGCACUCUAAUAAGACACUGAACUCCUGAGGAGAAGGAAAACUGAAUCAGUCAUCAUUCUUGUCAUAUUUGUAUCUGUUAACAUUUAUUUUAUACAUAAUGGGGACUACUACUACUUUAAUUUAUUAUUCCAUUAACUUCACUGUUUGUUGUGGGAAGUUAGAGCCAGUAGUCAUUCCUUUUCUCAGACAUGCUGAAUAAUAAGCAUACUAAAAAAAAAAAAAGUAUACUAUGCAAUAUAUCAGCUGCCUUUUAUCUGUGGAUAGAAAACUUUCAAAUAAAGUAUGUUUUUAACUAA